AAAACGUGCCGCGUAGCCGUGAAACGUGACACACAGGUCCCGUUUUAAGUUUCUGCGGAGGGACGCCGCGAUGUCAACUCUGCUUCAUUACGUAUUUCGAUUUACGAGAGGCUUUUGACCGGCGUUCCAGGUCUAAAACUAGCAAAUGCGAUGCCUCGGAGCCUGCUGGCCUCUUCAUUUCCCGUGCUUUCUCAGGCAAUCCGGGCAACACACAGCGUUCACAAUGUCCGAGAGAGGCGAUGCUGCGCCGGCCUUUGUCAAGCUGAUCGUCAGAACCGAGGGGAGCCAGAUCUUCUCGGAGCGCAAGUUUCCUGUCACAAACACAAUUCGAGAGAUCAAAGAGAAGCUCGAACUCCUCACAGGUGCAUCUGCCAGCUCUAUGAGGCUGGAGCUGCGUGACUCAGGAGAUGCAAACAUCAUCAAGAACCUGACGGACGAUGAUGGUGCAUGUCUCAGUGCGUACCCCAUCUGCGACGGCCUCAUACUGCACGUUUCCGAUCCACUGAUGAACACCGAUGAAUUUAAGGACCUCUCAAAAGUGCCGAAGGUGCAGCUUUCCGAGGAGGCCUACAAUCGACGCAACAACACAGCACGAGCGUUCCUGCAGAAGAAUGGGCUCGGCCGUUACAACGAGGAUGCACAGGAAAUGGCUCGCAAGUUGGAAGAAGAGAAAGCGCGCAAACAGAAGGAAAUAUUCAAGGUCAUUCACGUUGGGAAUCGUUGUGAAGUGGUCGGCAUAGCCGGCCAGCCAAGGCGGCGUGGGACUGUCGCCUAUGUCGGCGAGGUCGACUUCAAGCCGGGCGUCUGGGUCGGCGUCCGCUAUGACCUUCCGUUGGGCAAGAAUGACGGCAGCGUUGCGGGGAAGCGUUACUUCGAGUGCCCCCCCAAGUACGGCGGUUUCGUGCGCCCCUCUGACCUCAUGCUCGGAAACUUCCUGCCCGAGGGCGACUGCACCGAUGGCGGCGACAUAGACCCCGAUGAAGAACUGUAGUGGAAAGCACCACGUAGUUCACACGCGCCUUUUUGCUUGUAGUCUGUUUUUACACUACUUUGUAAAUUUUUUUGAACGGGAUUUUCCAUUUCUGCUCACUCUAUUGCGCAUAGUAUGCGUCAGGUUUGAGGAGGGCAAGAAACUCACCAGGGAGAAUAACUGCAGAGUUACACGAAGGUUCGUUUUGUUUAGAGCAAGGCACUACUGCUGUAAAAGAGGUGGGAGGACUUGGCCAGUCCGUUUCAAACAAAGUGAAUCUUGGAUGAAAUUUCAUGUUUUUAAAAGAAAAGAUGCUCAUUGAACUAGGUGACCAGUGCUUUUGUGCUUUCAGAGCCAGUGGCUGUUACAAAAUAAGGAGUUUUAGGGUAGCUGGUGAGCACAGCGUUGUAGGAAUGAAGCUGUUCCCUUUUAUGAAUUGUUAAUAAUAUUAUUAAUAUUACUUUAAUCGAUUGUGGCGUAAGCAAGAAAAAAGAAAAGUAACUUCAGAAGCACGGAAUUGCGCUGUUGCGCUUAAACGUGGAGGCUGUUCUGCUGAACCUGUUGUGGAACCUGCUUCACACUUUUCACAGUUAACAGCGCAGGUGAUUGAUCAAGUUUUCUGCAGCAUAAACUAGGGAGGUGAAGCGAUGCACUUCUAACCCAAUCUUGAUAUUGCAGGAGUUCAACGUUUGUAUAUUUAAUUAGAAAAAUGUAUUCCAAUAUUGCUCCUAAUGGAGCUGUCAAUCAGUUAUAAGACUCGUCUGUAUGCUUUAAUGCAAGACUUCGGAGGAAGGUUUAGCGUGCGGCCAACUCAGAUUUCACUAUUCUAAUGCUACAGGUGAAAUGCAGAGAUGUUUUAAUUACGCAACUGCUUAACCGAUGUAAAUGAAAUUUUCGCACUUUAGAGAGCCAUAUUCUGCCAGUUGGAAUUAGAAUUGUGCUUCACGGCCUCAGAUAUCUUGCAGGGACUGCAGAAAAUUAGUAAAUUUCAACAAAAUUGAGGCGCGAAGCUUACAACUCUGUCUGCAACAGAAAUAAAAAAAGAAUGUUCCUCUUAAGCUGCUAUGAGCACUUGAAUACUAAUGAAGUGUGAUGGAGUACCUGUGGUGGUAUAGUUGAACCUUGAUAUAAUGAGUAUAGAUAUAUGAAUGUUUAAAUAUAACAAAGUAAAUCUAAAAUUGGUUUAGCCAUGCUUCAUAUUGGUUUGUAUUUUGGUACUUUAAUGAAACUGAAAAUGUGGAAUCCAAGAUAGCAUUGGUUACAGCAAAGCAGAUAUUCAUUCACUCAGCACCUCAAUGUAUGUGUUUUGGUAGCGAAAAUGUCAAAUACAUAGUUGGCAAGAGCGCCUUGAAACGGUACAUUCCGUACGCGCAUGCAUGUUUUGGCCAAUGGCUUGGCCUCGCCGGCCCAAUGUGCUGAUCCUGUGCGACCACACCGAUCGCACGGCAUUGUAAAGCAAGUUUCUAAUUUAGCUUUGUUGGCAUGACUCGUAUCUGCACGGCAAGCCAUUGACGAUCUUCUGUCUAAAUUGGCAGGAGGCCCUUUGAUGGCCUGUCAGAGGCGCCGUGCUUUCAUUCUUUUGCAUGGACCUAAUGGCAAUUUUUUUAUGCCGAUACCAGUGGAUGCGUUUAUAACGAAUGUCGGAUAUAACGAAAUAUUUCUGUGUCACACACGAAUUUGUUGAGAAUCGAGUGUCAAUUUGCUCUGAUGUAGCAAAGUGACCUUUCAAGAUAGCUGAAUUCCAAAGUGAUUGGCUUGUAACGGCCCACUCGAAUGGACACUCUUUAUGGCCUGGCACAAUCGGCGACUGCUGGAAUUGUUUAGCCGCUGUGAUUGUCACUACGCUUGCACUCGUUAAGUUUUCAUUUUUGAGCACAUCUUAGGUUUGUUACUGGACUUCUGUAAAUUGACUCCUUUUUUUUUUUGACCGAUUACACUGCAGAUUUCUCACUGUUAUGUGCAUCUCUUGUACGAGCUUGUUGCCGUCGUACGUUGCACUUGUGUAGGUUUGCGUGAUGAAAGCGCUCGAUUUACCGUAGAGUUUCAUACAAAUGCUACACGUACAAUAGCCUGGUGCUGCGACUGUUUGUGAGCGCGGCGGUGAGGCAAGGCAUGCACACUUUAAUCAGUUUCAUACGAUUACUAGAGGGAAAUGUGGCGCUCUAGUGUAUACGGGAGCUGCAUGCAGGACAGUUAAGCCAGCGUGGGAGAAUGACGAUUGGUACGUGAAUUUGCCUAAACAUCGUUCUUCUGGCUUUAAACAGCUUCAUAGCUUUGCAACCUGAUCAUUUUCAAGAAAUACUGCAUUAUGAAUAACUAAGCAAACAUUAAAAUUGUCUGAGGGCAGGAUUUGAACACCGGACCUCUAGCACAGAAGUCCGAUAUUGAGAGCAUUACGCCACAGACGCAUGGACAAGUGGAACCAUUGACGAGUGCCAGUUUUCUUCAUUCGUGCUGACAUUGUACAAAACCACUCGCACUGACAGUGUAAAGAAUUUUUUUUUUCACAGAGA